GGAGGGUGAGAACAGAAUAAUAGCAGUGGAGUGAGCACCCCGGGGAGAGGAGCAAAGGGCGAAUAGCGACUGAAUAGCAGACCAGCGGGAUCCACCUCUCACCUCUUCGCAAUCCACCCGCCAGCGCAUUUCCUUGGCUGCCAGCGUGUCCCCAGGGCGCUCAGGUCGCUGUGCCGGCCUCUGGGCACAGCGCUGGGCUCCACAGCUGGUACGGGAGCGAACAUGGCCGGACAGAGGGCGCUGCUGCUAGCCGGCUUCCUUCUGCCUGGGUUCCUGCUCUCAGAAGCCGCCAAAAUUCUGACUGUGUCCUCACUGGGUGGAAGCCAUUAUCUACUUGUGGACCGGGUAUCUCAGAUUCUUCAAGAUCAUGGCCAUAAUGUCACCAUGCUGCUUUAUGGAGGAGAUUAUUUAAUCCCAAAAAAGAAGGAAAAUUCAUACCAAGUUAUCAGUUGGCUUCUACCUGAGGAACAUGAAAAAGAAUUAAAGAAAUAUUUUGACUUCUAUAUGACAGAAGUUUUGCAUGGCAGAGAAGCAUUUGACAACUUUGUAAAGUUAAUGGAACAAUUGGGGAUUCAGUGCAGUGAUUUGCUAAGGAGAAGUGAUAUCAUGGAUUCUUUAAAAAAUGAGAAAUUUGACUUGGUAUUUGUUGAAGCAUUUGACUUCUGUUCUUUCCUGGUUGCUGAGAAGCUUGGGAAGCAGUUUGUGUCAAUUCUUCCCACUCCGUUUGGCAGUGUGGACCUUGGGUUACCAAACCCUGUGUCUUAUGUUCCAGUAUUCCAUUCUUUGUUAACUGACCACAUGGACUUCUGGGGCAGAGUGAAGAAUUUUCUGAUGUUCUUUGAUUUCUCCAUGAAGCAAUGGCGAAUCCAGUCUACGUUUGACAACACCAUCAAGGAACAUUUCCCAGAAGGUUCUAGGCCGGUUUUGUCUCAUCUUCUAAAGAAAGCAGAGCUGUGGUUUGUUAACUCUGACUUUGCCCUCGAGUUUGCUCGGCCCCUGCUUCCCAACACUGUGUAUGUUGGAGGCUUAAUGGCCAGACCUGUUAAACCAGUACCACAAGAAUUUGAGAGCUUCAUUGCCAAGUUUGGAGACAAUGGGUUUGUCCUUGUGGCCCUGGGCUCCAUGGUGAGCAUCUAUCAGUCCCAGGAAGUUCUCAGGGAGAUGAACAGUGCCUUUGCUCAUCUGUCUCAAGGGGUUAUAUGGAAGUGUAAUCCUUCUCAUUGGCCCAACGACGUCAAAUUGGCAGCAAAUGUGAAAAUUGUGGACUGGCUUCCUCAGAAUGACCUCUUGGCUCACCCACGCAUCCGUCUCUUUGUCACCCAUGGUGGGAUGAAUAGCAUAAUGGAGGCCAUCCAACAUGGCAUACCCGUGGUGGGGAUUCCUGUCCUUGGAGACCAGCCUGACAACCUGGUCCGAGUAGAAGCCAAAAAGUUUGGUGUCUCCAUCCAGUUAAAGCAGAUCAAGGCAGAGACAUUGGCUCUGAAGAUGAAGCAAGUCAUAGAAGACAAGAGGUACAAGUCAGCAGCUGUGGCCGCCAGCAUCAUCAGGCGCUCCCACCCCCUGACUCCUGCCCAGAGGCUGGUGGGCUGGAUCGAACACCUCCAGACAGGGGGUGCGGCACACCUCAAGCCCCGUGUCCUGCAGCAGCCGUGGCAUGAGCAGUACCUGCUGGACGUCUUCUUAUUCCUGCUUGUGGUCACCUUGGGCACCCUGUGGCUCUGUGGGAAGCUGCUGGGCAUGGUGGCCAGAUGGGUGUGUGGGACCAGGAAGCUGAAGAAGGCCUGAUGGAGGUGCAGUCUUGAUGGGUAUUCUUGAAGGCUUUCCCCAGCACAGGACACCCCUGGUGUCUUCCCCAUAUUGGCACUUGAGGGUGGUGCAGAAAUAUCUCCUCACUGUUUCUGCCUCUGUUUGGAAAUUCUUAUGAAGUAAUCUUGGGAUUAUUUUUUCAAAUUGUGGUAAAAUAUAUAUUUUAUAGAACUUACUAUUUAGCCAUUAAUUGUACAGUCAGUGGCAUUGAACACACUGACAUUAUCAUGGAAACAUCAUCACCACCCAUUCCAGAACAGUUUUCGUCUUCCCAAACUCAGACUCCAUGCUGAUCAAAUAGUAAUUCCUCAUAUGCCUGCCCCCACCAGCAGCCCCACACCCUGGCAACUCCUGUUCUACUUUCUGUGUCUCUGAGUUUGAUCUUGGUUUCUUAACUUGCCUCUCUUCAGUGUUCUCCUCACUAGACGCAAACCUUCAGCAGACAGCCCUGCUUUCCUCCCCACUCCCUGCCCCUAGACACAGAGCCCUGCUUAUUUCAGCCUGGGUGCCUAGACACUUAUCAGUCUCUCUGCCCUUUCUCCAACUUCACAUUUCAUGAUAUGACAAGAUAUUUGCCACUUCGUCCAUAUUGGGCCUUCCUCUUGCAUCUCCUUUUCACCUGAUCUCCAAGCUCAGGAAGCCUAGCCUCCGUCCUACAGCUAGGCAGGGAUGGUCCUUCCAGGACUCCACCUGUGGUCUCUGUGCUGAGUUCCCUCCUUCGAAGAGCACUUCCUUCCAGGCCUACCUUUGGGCCACAGCUGAUGCUGUGGUUUUCACUUUUCACCGUUCCCUUCUCAGGAUUCCCACUCUUAAAAUGUAGUCACGGAGACUCAAAUGCAGAACCUGGACCUCUGCAUGAGACUCUGGGGCCUCAGGUCCUGUCGCUAUGGCAGUUCACAGGACUUUGUUGAUUUAGGAAAACCCAUCUGCCCCCCAAAUGUGGCAGAGAAUAUCUCUCUCUGUGGUACAUCCUUAGGAAUUACAUUCAGUUCCUAGCAACGUGAGCCAGAAGAAGUGUGGCUUAACCACCAGGGUUUGUGUUUGGUUGGUUUUUCUUUUCAUUGACAAAACCCAGAUUCAGGCAAUGGAGGGCUGGUUUGGUGGUUCUGUUGUGUCUGCAAAAGUUUUUCUGUCUCUUCUCCCUCCUCUCUCUCUUUCUUCAUAUGUAUAUAUAAAUAUAUAUACACAUAUAUAUACAUAUAUAUUACAUAUAUAUAUGCACACACACAUAUAUAAUAUACAUAUAAUGUAAAAAAUAAUUUGUUCUCUUUUCCUAAAUUCCUAAAUUCAUCCUAUAGACUGCUUUUCUGGUUUAUGGUUUUCAUAAAAUAGUUCAUCUUCAAAUGAUUAUUUUCUCAUAAUUGGUUUUCCAUAUUAAAUGAAUUAAGUUCCUCCUUAAAAUUUUCUAAUAUAUGGUAUCUCAUGGGCUAAAAAUAUAGAAAAGGAAACGUUUAGAUAUAUAUAGUGGCCCUGGGAGGACCAUAGUUUUUGAUUGCUUAAUUCUGGGUUUGGGAAACAGAUCUUAUAAUAAUUAAAAUUUAAAAAUGAAAGAGCUGCUAUAAAUAAUUCCUGUAUCAAUACAGGGAAGGCCUGCUCACUUGCCAAUUCUAACAAAACAUUUCCUUUGAAGUCUGCAAGACUGGGUGUCUGGUAUCCCCCUACUUUGUGAAUCUGGUAUUGUGAGAAUGUCACAGAUAGUCAGGAACAUGUCACGUGUAGAAAUGUGUGUCCUUGGGGUGUGUGACUGUGCAUGUUUGUGAAACACGGUUUUGUUUUUGUAAUGCUUUUGAAACUACUUGAAAUGAUCUGUGGCAAUAGUCUCUCAAGGACGAUGUGACAGUUUCUUGUGUCGUUUUGGGGUCAACAGCCCCCAUAUUUCCCCCAAUGACCAACACAGGGGCUGAGGGAUGAGGUUUCCUAGCUGGUAACUCCCUCCCUCCCCUCCCAGCAUGCUGUUCUCCCCUAACAUCUGGUAAUUUGUGAGGCCAUUUCUGUGGCGGGUGCUUCCUCAGACCCACCCCUUUCCCUGAAAUUGGAUCAAGAGCAGCCAGUGAGCCAUGGAGAAUGAUGCCUCUAAUUUGUUCCCGCCAAGCAUCCUCCAUAGGCUUGACAUCAUGGUUUGGAUGACAUGCAAAUCUGAUGUCAUCACAUCUAUUUAAAAUCCUUUGUGGCUCACACUGCAUGGAAUACAAGGCCUCUGUGAUUUCUCUGCUUACCACCGUGGGCACAGCAUCGGCUACCAUCCCCUUGCCCUUUUCCCAUGUCUACCACACCUGUUAAAGAGAAAUUAUGUGGACACUUUUGAAACUUGUCAAGGAAGACUUUUUUCAAGGCUAUUGCAGCAGGGAAGAGAAACUGAACUCAACUCCACGUUCAGCAAGGAUAGGUGGGGAUUCAUAGUCAAUAAGCAGAAUAAGGGGGUGUUAAAGAUAAAUUAUUGAAUAGCUCUUUUUUGAGAUGAUAAGCAAGACUACUCAAAGGAGGACUAUCAUGAUAGAUUUAGGGAGGACUGCAACGAGAGAGAGAGAUUGGGCUCAGUUCUGAAUACAACAAUGAAAAGUGGGAAUUUUAGUCGAGUUGCUGACUGGGGGACAGUGGAUGGAAAAUUACUAUGAAGAAACGUCAGUAGUAAGGGGGGAUUCUGGCUAAACCUACCUAAAGGAUUCUUGCUGAGAGGCAGGCUAGCAUGAUCAAACCUCACUGGGGAAAGGGAGAGGGUGAGGAAACUGAUUAGCUAUUGGGAGUGAUCAGAUAUGGAGAAUGGGAGACUGCCUAAACUGACUUAAGAUUCCUGCUAAAUUGAAUCAUGUAGAGAUGAAAAUGUAAUUCCAAUGUCAGGGUCUAGUUCACAAAACAUUCACAGGGUACUUAUUAUGGUUUGGUCAAGGAGAGAAUCUUUGUCAAGGGUCAGUUACUAGAGCAACUUAAUUAGAUAUCAAGGAUAAAGGGAUUCCUGUUACAAGAAAACCAAAGUGGUCAGUUAUCAAGGGUGGAGGUAUUCUCCAUAACCUCGUUUAGUAGGAUUCUUUGCUAGAAGAGGGCUCAGCUAGACAAGGACAAAGCAACAGGCUAUGGUUGAACCCUAGUCUAGAAGAAUUUUCAGAGGAUCCUGACUAAAAUUUGGCAAAGAGUGGAGUCUUUGUCACUUGUCCCAACACAUUGUGCUGUUCUGUAGCUGUCUUUUGCCAUGCUGUGUCCUCUCUCAGAAUCGUGUUCUGCUCCUGUUAGAACAAAAAACUGCAUGUUCGGGGCGCCUGGGUGGCGCAGUCAUUAAACGUCUGCCUUCGGCUCAGGGCGUGAUCCUAGCAUUCUAGGAUCGAGCCCCACAUCAGGCUUCUCCGCUAUGAGCCUGCUUG